AUGGCAGCCGACGGGCUAUUCACCUACCGGGACGGCAUCGCAGUCGCCCAAGUGGUACUUUUCUCAAUACCGCUCCUCUUCGCCAUAUACUUCAAAUUCACCCACCGCAUCGGCUGGUUCUGCAUCGGCGUCUUCACGCUCCUGCGAUUAACCGGCGCAAGCUGCAAGCUCGCCACCAUCCACAAUGAUUCCCACGGACUGUGGGCGGGGAUAUUCGUGUGCGAGUCACUGGGCAUGAUAUUGAUUAUAUUCCUGCUAUUGGAACUACUGGAACGAGCAAACAAAAUGAUCCCCCUCGUCUCUCGCCGAAUCUUUCUCAUCCCCUCCCUCCUCACCUGGAUCGACAUCGCCGUCUCCAUCGCCGGCUGGGUCGCCGUGAUGCACGUCGCGCACCCACUCGACCCGACCCCGGAAAGCCGCGCCAGCAUGGCCCUACUCGUGGUGAUAUAUUUAUACAGUGUUGGGGUAUUUGUGGUCUUCUGGCGGCGGCGUGCAGACUACGCAGCAGAAGAGCGGGCCGCUAUUACGGCUGUGGCGGCUUGUGUUCCGCUGCUGGCUGUGCGGAUUGCUUACUCCCUGGUUUUCAUUAGUACGGCGGAUAUGACGUUUAAUGCUAUUAAGGGGGACUCGACUGCUUAUUUGGUUAUGACGAUGUUGCCAGAGGUGGCUAUUGUUGGUGUUUGUACUUUUGUUAUUUUUGCUAGGGUUUCUCCGUUGGUUGAAAAUGGGAAUGGGGAGGAGGAGCGAGAGACGCGGAAAAUUGGGGGAUGA